AUGCGCUCGCUCUUGGGUCUCGCCGCGCUGCUUGCGUCUGCACGGGCUGUAGUUGCGGGGAGCCUGCCCGACAAGAUAUACGGCGUCAACGUUGGCGGCUGGUUGGUCUUGGAGCCGUGGAUGCUUCCGGGAGAGUGGGCGUCCAUGGGAGGGUCGAUUUGCGAUGAUUGCUCGACGUGCAUCCAGUCUGAGUGGGCAUAUACGAAGGCAUAUGGGCAGGAUACAGCUAAUCGGGAGUUUGCACAGCACUGGACGACAUGGUUCACACAAGACGAUGUGAAUACCCUCGUCGCCGACGGAAUCAACACUGUCCGCAUCCCACUUGGCUACUGGAUCGUAGAGCCUUUGGUUGACCGCACCACUGAGUUCUAUCCGGAAGGUGGUAUCGUCUACCUGCAAAAAGGUGUCCAGAUGCUCGCCAACGCUGGCAUCCAAGUCAUCCUCGACCACCACGCGCUGCCCGGCGUGCAAACCGCGGAACAGUCGUUCACCGGAAACUGCACGGACAACGUCCAGUUCUACACCGAGUACAACUACCAACGCGCCCUGGUCUGGACAGCAGUCAUGACCUCGCUCGUCCACCUCGACCCCGCCUUCAACUCCGUCUUCGCGAUCGAAGCCGUGAACGAGCCCACCACGGACGCAGCCCAGACCCCCAACUACGGCACCUUCCAGAAGAACUUCGUCGACGUCGUGCGCGCGGUCGAGCUCACGCUCGGGAUCCCCGUGGCGGGCCUGAGCCUCGGCGCGGAGAUCACGACGAGCAACUUCACGGCGGCGCUCGGCCAGGUCGCGAACGCGUCCACGGUCUUCAACCCGGACGUCCGCGCCGCGCUCGCCGCGGCCGCGCCGAUCCUCGUCGACCUCGCCGUGCAGCUCGCGGUGCCCGCGCUGCUGGACACGGGCCUCGGCGGCGGCGUGGACAGGACGUCGUUGCUCACGACGUUCAUGGACGUCAACUGGCAGUAUGACGACCCGCCGAACCCCGCGGACGCGGCCAUCGGCCCGCAGGGGUACGACAACCACCUGUACUACAGCUACGGCGGUGUCGCCGCCGCAAACCCGACCGCCUACCUGGAAAGCAUCUGCAACCUGAACCGCGUGCAGACGGACGCCGGGCUCGGCGACACGCCGCUCUGGUUCGGCGAGUGGGGGCUGCCGACGCAGUUCGACGCGACGGACGAGUUCCUGUACAUGUGGGCGGACGCGCAGAAGCGCGCGUACAGCCAGGGCCAGGGCUGGAUCUUCUGGAACUUCAAGGUCGAGCAGUCGGAGGCGGCGGGGAACCUCUCGCGACAAUGGUCGUACAUCGAGGGCGUGAACCUGGGCUACCUCACCAAGGACCCGGCGGACUAUAACAACGCGAGCGUGUGCGCGCCGUACCUGACCUCGUCCUGA